GUCGUGUGUGUGUGUGUGUGUGUGGGUGGCAAAGUCCAAAACUCCCAGUUCCGGAAUGGUUCUUAAAGUUCAGUUCCGCAAGCCAUAAGGUGAAACAUGAGCAAGGGCUUCUUCAACAACCACCGUUGUCAGAAGAUAAGACGUAGAUGUAGAAAAACAUAGAGAGAUUUAGGAAAGUUGGCUUUGUUGCUAUUGAAGGUUUUUUCACGGUGGAGGAAUGUGAUUUUCUGAGAGCACGCAUAUCAGAGAUUAUUGAUGAGAUGGAUGUCCCUCGACACCUUCGUACUGAAUUCUCAACUCAGGAAGCGGAGCAGAUUAAAGCACAGGGAAGCACAGAUUACUUCCUGACUAGUGGGGACAAAAUUCGAUUCUUCUUUGAAAGUGGAGUGUUUGACAGCAAAGGUGACUUUCUAAAACCGAAAGAAAAAUCCUUAAAUAAAAUUGGUCAUGCACUUCAUGCCUUGGAACCUGCAUUCAAAAAUCUCACAUAUUCACUCAAAGUGCAGAAAGUGGCCCAGAAGUUAGGACUACAGGAACCUGUCAUUGUGCAGAGUAUGUACAUCUUUAAGCAACCAAGGAUUGGGGGUGAAGUAACCCCUCAUCAGGAUGCCACUUUCCUAUAUACGGAACCUCCUGGGAAUGUCAUAGGUUUUUGGAUUGCACUGGAGGAUGCAACUGAGGAGAACAGCUGUCUUUGGUUCAUCCCAGGUUCCCACAGAGCUCCUAUUACACGAAGGAUGGUGCGUAGCCCAAAAGGAGAGUUUCCUCUGAUCAAAUUUAUUGGACAGGAAUCUAAUUAUCCAGAUAACGAAUUCAUCUCUGUUCCAGUUAAGAAAGGUGGCCUUAUCCUAAUUCAUGGACAAGUUGUGCACAAAAGUUCUUUAAACAUGUCAGAUAAAUCACGUCAUGCCUACACUUUCCACAUAAUGGAAUCCCGAGGUACUCAUUGGAGUGAGGAGAACUGGUUGCAGCCCACUCCAGAACUCCCGUUCCCACUUCUCUACACUUAAACGUUAUUUUAGCCACUGGGAAUGGAAUAUAGAUAAGAAUUGAGAUGAAAGGUGAAUUGCUGCUCUGUUAAUUCCAAAGUACAAUCUUUUUAAAAUUGUAUUCCAUAUGAAACAUGAACACCUUUGGUGUUGUGAGCACAUUUACUAAAUAUUCUCCUGUUGUAUUACUUACAGAUAAAUGUAAAAUAAAUUAAGUUCCUGGGA